AGCUGCCUCUCCCGCCGGCCAUGGAGCCUCCCCGCCGGUCCCCGGCCCGCGCCGCUUCCUGCUAAGGCGAACACCUGUCCGGAGCCCGGGCCGGGGCCGGGGCCGCCGCUGCGGGCGUGUGCGGCUGGCCGGGGUCGCCCCGCUGUCCCCGGCGCCGCUGAGCCCCGAGCUGCCCGGCCCCGCGCGGCCUCGGUCCCGCCUCACGUCAUGGCCCAAACUGGAGUUACGGAGUUUGAUGGAAAACUCGCCGAGGAAGCUGUUGGAACGCUGAGUGAAACAAUGCGAAGCGAAGGAUCACACUAGAUAGUGUGGCAGCAGUUCCCUCGGGUCCUACGAUCUAUUUCUUCUGGCAUGGAGCUGGGGGAUCAUGAACAGCCUGUUGUUAUGAGAGAGGAAAACAAACGAAGGAGAAGAAGAAUGAAACCUCAUUGUACAUCCAGUAGUUUUUCUUCAAUGGAACUGAUAUCUAUUGAGUUCAUUUUACCUACAAGCAAUAAACAUACUAAAGUACCAGAAAUGAUGUUACUUGAAAUAGCUGGCAACUGUACGGUUGAGCAAAUGAAGGCACAGAUUUGGAUGCGUGCAAUAGAGAUGAGUCAAACCACAGACUUCUACCAUGCGUUCACCCCGGAUCAGUUUGUCCUGCAGUAUCAGAAGAAAGGGCAGUGGUAUGAAAUUUAUGAUAAACAUCAAGUAUUGCAGACACUGGACUGCAUACUGUACUGGAAAGUGUUACAGAAAAAGGUAGGCAAGAUCUAUGUUGUCCAGAAACAAAAACCAUCGGAAGAAGUUCAGGAAUUUCAGCGGCAGCUUAACGAUUUGAUUGGUUAUGAUGUCACUGAUGUAAGCAACAUGCAUGAUGAUGAGCUAGAGUUUACCCGUCGCAGAUUAGUCACUCCACGAAUGAUAGAGGUAGCCUGCAGAGAUCCUAAAUUGUAUGCAAUGCACCCAUGGACUACAUCUAAGCCACUCCCAGAAUAUUUAUUUAAAAAGAUCACUAAUAAUAAUAUUUUCAUAAUCAUACAUAGAGGAACAACUAGUCAAAAAAUUAAAGUGUCAAUAGAUGACACUCCAGAUAUGAUUCUUCACAGCUUUUUCACAAAAAUGGCAAAGAAAAAAUCUUUGAUGGACAUUCCUGAAGAUCAUAGUGAGCUGGAUUUUGUUCUCAGGGUUUGUGGCAGAGAUGAGUACAUUAUUGGAGAGACACCAAUCAAAGACUUUCAUUGGAUAAGACAGUGCCUUAAGAAUGGGGAAGAAAUACACCUUGUCCUAGACAAUCCCCCUAACCCAAGUGAGGAUGAGGUUCAGAAGGAAGAAUGGCCCUUGGUGGAUGACUGUACAGGAGUUACAGGGUAUCAUGAACAGCUGACAAUAGAUGGAAAAGACCACGAGAGAGUCUUCACUAUCUCAUUGUGGGAUUGUAAUAGGAAAUUUAGGGUGAAAAUAAUUGGCAUUGAUAUCCCAGUGUUACCAAGAAAUACUGAUCUUACUGUGUUUGUGGAAGCUAACAUUCAACAUGGACAGCAGCUCCUUUCACAGAGAAGAACUUCAUCAAAGCCUUUUACUGAGGAGGUUCUGUGGAAUAUUUGGUUGGAGUUUGAUAUCAAAAUCAAGGAUUUGCCUAAAGGAGCUCUUCUGAAUCUUCAGAUAUACUGUGGCAAAGCACAGGGUCCCUCCACGAAGACAAACCUUCAGUCACAUGAAUCCUCCAACUCGGAUACAAAAUGCAAAACCCAGCUUCUCUAUUAUGUAAAUCUUCUGUUGAUCGAUCACCGUUUCUUGCUACGAAGUGGGGAGUAUGUCCUCCACAUGUGGAAAAUUCCAGGCAAGGGGGAAGAACAAGGAAGUAUCAAUGCAGACAAACUCACAUCAGCAACUAACCCAGAUAAAGAAAACUCAAUGGCUAUCUCUAUUGUGCUGGACAAAUAUUGUCACCCAAUUGCCUUGCCCAAGCACAGGAUAGCAUCAGAUCCCCAAGGGGACAGGACCCGAGCUGAAAUGCCCAAUCAGCUUCGCAAACAACUUGAAGAGAUCAUAGCAACUGACCCACUUAAUCCACUUUCUCCCGAGGACAAAGAACUGUUGUGGCACUUUAGAUAUGAAAGCAUAAAGCACCCCAAGGCAUAUCCUAAGCUGCUUAGCUCUGUGAAAUGGGGACAACAAGAAAUAGUGGCCAAAACAUACCAGUUGCUAGCUAAAAAAGAAGUUUGGGAUCAGAGCACUUUAGAUGUUGGACUCACGAUGCAACUUCUGGACUGUAACUUUUCAGAUGAAAAUGUCCGAGCAAUGGCAGUUCAAAAACUGGAAAGUUUAGAAGAUGAUGAUGUUCUUCAUUAUCUUUUACAGCUUGUGCAGGCUGUGAAAUUUGAGCCUUAUCAUGACAGCGCAUUAGCCAGAUUUCUGCUCAAACGUGGUUUGAGGAACAAAAGAAUUGGUCACUUCUUGUUUUGGUUCUUGAGAAGCGAGAUUGCCCAGUCCAUGCAUUACCAGCAGAGGUUUGCUGUCAUCCUCGAGGCCUAUCUCAGGGGCUGUGGGAAGGCCAUGCUGCAUGACUUCAUGAAGCAGGUUCAAGUCAUUGAAUUGCUGCACAAAGUCACAAUGGAGAUAAAAUCAGUUUCUGCAGAAAAGUAUGAUGUUACUUCUCAAGUUAUUGCACAACUGAGGCAAAAGCUGGAAAAAUUACAGAGCAGCAAACUUCCAGAAAGUUUUAGAGUUCCGUAUGAUCCUGGGCUAAGAGCAGGAGCCCUAGUGAUAGAGAAAUGUAAAGUAAUGGCAUCUAAGAAGAAGCCCCUCUGGCUUGAGUUUAAAUGUGCAGAUCCAACAGCUCUGUCAAAUGAAACCAUAGGCAUAAUCUUCAAACACGGAGAUGACCUCCGUCAAGACAUGCUUAUUUUACAGAUUCUUCGAAUUAUGGAAUCCAUUUGGGAAGCAGAAUCCUUGGAUCUCUGUUUGUUACCGUAUGGUUGUAUUUCUACAGGGAACAAAAUAGGAAUGAUUGAAAUUGUGAAAGAUGCUACAACAAUUGCCAAAAUUCAACAGAGCACAGUUGGGAACACUGGUGCAUUUAAGGAUGAGAUACUAAGCCAGUGGCUCAAGGAGAGGUGUAUGAUUGAAGAGAAGUUUCAGGCAGCUGUGGAAAGAUUUGUUUACUCUUGUGCUGGAUACUGUGUGGCAACCUUCGUACUUGGAAUAGGUGACAGGCACAAUGACAACAUCAUGAUUACAGAAACAGGUAACCUUUUCCAUAUUGAUUUUGGCCAUAUUCUUGGGAAUUAUAAAAGCUUCCUUGGAAUUAAUAAGGAGAGAGUUCCUUUUGUGCUGACUCCAGAUUUUCUGUAUGUCAUGGGGACUUCCGGAAAGAAGACAAGUCUACAUUUCCAUAAAUUUCAGGACGUAUGUGUGAGGGCUUACUUAGCUCUUCGACACCACACAAACCUGCUGAUCAUCCUGUUCUCCAUGAUGCUAAUGACUGGAAUGCCGCAAUUAACCAGCAAAGAAGAUAUUGAAUAUAUCAGGGAUGCACUGACAGUAGGAAAAAGCGAAGAAGAUGCCAAAAAGCAUUUCCUUGAUCAGAUAGAAGUUUGCAGAGAUAAGGGCUGGACUGUGCAAUUUAACUGGUUUUUACAUCUUGUGCUUGGAAUCAAACAAGGAGUAGAAAAGCAUUCUGCUUAAUAUUUUAUGUAAAUUAGCUGUGGGUGUGAAUAGGAGCUUAGUGAAUCUACAUGUUAUUUAUGAAUUCUGAAUAAAUGAGCAAUCAAAAUUGCCUUUACUUUGCUGGCAGCUUAAAUGGAUCUUCUAAAAAGGCAAGGACUUUGCUCUGCCCCUCCAGAAGAUCUUCCUGCAGUCAAGAUUAUUUUUUUUUAUUAAUUUUUAAUGACACUUCAAGUUGCUGGAUGGAUUCUAUUAACUAGUUGCUUUACUGAUGUGGCCUGCAUUUUUCUUGUUUUCUUUAGUAAUAAUUUCAGGUAAAUAUGAGGAGCUUGAGUAAGAUGAUAACCUACAAAUCCCCUGUGACGUUUCCUUAACUGAUCAUGACAGUCAAGUCCUUCAAAACCAGAAGAAUUUAUUUAAAAUCUAUGGUUAUAGUAAAAUCCCUGUAGGCAGUCCAUGCCUGUCUCAGGAUGGCUUACACUCAAGUGUUCUUAACCCCCAUCCUUCUCUUGUCCCUUCCUCAACAUUUGUCCUUUCUGGACUUUUAGUAUGCUGUCAGUAGAAAAGAGCUUUGGCUCUGCCGUUGGAGGAAAUUGCCUUACUCCUACUGUAGCCUCCUGACACAGACAACUGAGCUUGACUGUCCUGCCAGAAGAACUUCAUAGUUACCUGGAAGUUCCUCAGGUUAGAACAUGAAAUUCUGAAAGUUUAAUUUUGAAAGAUUUUUAUAUUGUGCUUUUUAAUGGUGAACAUCCAUAUUAUAUUGCAGAUUAUAAUUUUACUGUAAAGUUAUUAAAAUUCCACCUGUAUAGUAAAAGCUUUGUAGGAAAAGCAGUGGUACUUCCUUAUCCCUCAGAGAAAACUCCUUAUGUAAGAGUAAUUGACAUUUUACCAAAUAUUUGAGAAACCCAAAGUUAUUUAUUCUUUGGUGAUAUAUUUUCAGGAUAUACCUAGAAGGAAUUAAAUGUAAUCUUUGAAAUUGUGUAUAUUUUGCUAUUUAUUUUUCAGUUCCUUAAGAGACUAUACUACUGAAAAGCUAUUUAUGAAAGAAAAAAAUCCUUAUCUUUAAUUUCAAUAUUUAAACUUAAAAGAGGAGAAAAUGGGCAGUGUUAAGUUGAAUUUUAACUUCUUCACUGUAGGAUGCCUGCAAAUCAUCAAGUCUGCCUAUGGUAGGAAAGGAAAAAAAAUAUAGCCUGAAUUAGUCUUUGACUUGAAUUAUUAUGGUAUACUUCCUGCUAAUUGAUUUUUACCAAAGAGAGAAGAUGGCUUACAAUAUUGCUUUUUUGCACUUGUGCCCAUGUAAUUUCUUUCUUUGUUGUAGUGUUACAUGGGCUUUACAUUACAUAUAAAUGAUUAACUGAAUUUUUUUAAUUCUGUUAUCAUUUGCUUUGAUCAUUUCACAGAACAUUUAUGAUUUUAACUACUGUUACUACUGAGUGCGUUCUUGAAGGAUUUUUAAUAAAUGUACUGUAAUUGGUGUCUCAGUUAUGAGAUGUAGCCAAUCUAUUCUUGAAAUGUAGAUGUUUAAUUGGUUACUGUGCACAACUAUUUUUGAUGUAUAUGGUAGAGUCUAGUUAAGGAAAUCUAUAAAGUUAAAAUGUAGACUAUUUUGUUGUUCUGCUACAUUAUUAUUCCAUGCAAGGCUUAAGACCCUACUAAAAUGUAAACUAAAUGGUGAAUAUUGUCUGUAAAACGAUAUUUUUAGAUUUGUAUUUUAUAGAUCUGAAAUAAAUGAACAUGUUCUAUUCAUUUGAUUAUUAUUUAUGAACAAGCAGCUUAGCCCAAAAUACAUUUAAAUAUUUUUUAUCCAGUUUCUUAAAGACUAUUUAAUCUCAGUUAGAAAUCGUAUUCAAAGUCCCACUCAGAGGAAUUUAGUUCCAUAUUAAUAACUCUGUAUGACGUCAGAUAAAUUUUAAUAGUGUAUAGUAUUAGAAUUGCAUUUAUUGUUAUUGUAAAAUUUGAAUAGAAUAUUGCCACUUUCUAAGACCAUUUUAUGAAUUCCUGGUUUGUUCUAUAAAGAAAGAUCAGAAGAUUUUAGUAAGUUCCUAGUUUCAAAAAGUAAGUAGAUCUACUGCUAAAUUUAACUCUAGCAUGGGGAAAUAAAUGCUAAUCACAACUUCAAGGGAAAUGGCACUCUUGAAGCAGCCUGCAUUUGCAGGAAAAAGUCUAUGAGAGAUCUGUACCCAGAGGAAAGCAGUUUAGUGCAGGACUAAACUUAGGCUGAUGAUUUUUAUCAGCAGUUGACAAUGAAUUGUAUACAAUGUUUUUACACACAUCUGGAGCACCUCAGUGCUCUGAGCUAAUUCGCAGACUCUUCAUUGCUUUCCUCGCCCAUGAAGCCUGUGGUUGUGCUGCCUAGGCAGUGCUAGGCUGCCUUGUGUCUUCUGGGUGCUGGGUGUUUUCCAGCCUGACUUCUGGGAGAUCAAAAGUAGCCAAAUCUCCUUUUUUACCUGCAGAGCAAGCCCUGGGCACCGGCCCUGUGCUGUACACAUCUGUGCAUUCAUACGGCUGGUAUCAGCUGGAUUUCCUGUCCCUCUGGAAACCUCCACCACAACUAACUUUGUUUCUGGCAAGCCCUGACACAAGGGAGAAGGAGUGCAGAGAUGUGGUUUGAGCCAGUGAAGUCUCCAGGUGGAGUGGAACUGCUUUUCAGGUGAGGAGGUGGGCAUGAGUACCCAUCUGAGUGUCCCGGUGCAGAAUGUGGCCGUCCCUGUCUGCAGUGGCACCUACAUACCCAAGGCCUGGAGAGCUGGAGCUUUAGCACAGAUGCCACUGCCAGAACAGGAGGGUGAACCACAAUUUCCUGAGUCUUCCAGUGCAUAAACACACUGACCCUUCAGAAUAGCUGAGUUUUAAGGAAUUACUGUAAAUCAUGAAAUGUAAAUUCAUGACUAACCACAUUUUUCAGAGACUCUAACGCAGCAUGCAGAGAGGUCUCAAUUAUCACCAUUGUCUCCUGUGAGUAUUAAGAUUAUUUUUUGAAAAUUACUUUUAAUGGCUACUUUGUCUAAUUUAAGAUGUGUUAUAUUUUCUUGGUAGUCUAAUUCAUGUUACUACUGCACCUAACUGUGGAAAUUUGAAUCCCUUCUUUGAGUCAGUGCCUCAGACUUGGUUGUGACUUAACAUAUGCUUUGGCUCCAGCAAGGUCAUCAAGAUGUUGGUUAACGAUGAGUGUGUCCACCCUAAUUAUAUUCCAGGACAGGAAGAGAAGUUGAAAUGGAGCUAAGGUGUACAGCAUGAUUAUAUUUAGAUCUUCAUUGAAGACACUGUUUGCACUUCUUAGAAGUAUUUAAUCAUCAUUACCAGAGUAGUUAACCUCAUUUAACAUGCUUAGCAGGGUUUGUUUGUUUUUUCUAAAAUGUGAUCAAUGAUACAGAAAUACAGAUGUGAACAACUGAUUGAGAAAAAUAUCAAUGGAAAUUAUGACUCUUGUAUUAAAAACCUUUUUCCUGUCUACCAGCAGCAUUUUGCAAAUCCACAUGAGUGCCAGGGAUUACAUAGAUUACAGACUCUGUGCUGAUGACUUUAUAAUGUAGUUUGUGUAAAGAAGCCUUGAAAAUAAGAAAUUAAUAAAAUUAAAAUCUGGGAUACCAAA